CUCAGCUGGAGACUUACACUGCCCGGUGGGGACCAUGUCCCCUGCCAUCGCACUGGCCUUCCUGCCACUGGUGGUGACAUUGCUGGUGAGGUACCGGCACUACUUCCGACUACUGGUACGCACGGUCUUGCUCCGGAGCCUCCGAGACUGCCUGUCAGGGAUGCGGAUUGAGGAGCGGGCCUUCAGCUAUGUGCUCACCCAUGCCCUGCCUGGGGACCCUGGUCAUAUCCUCACCACCCUGGACCACUGGAGCAGCCGCUGCGAGUACCUGAGCCACAUGGGGCCUGUCAAAGGUCAGAUCCUGAUGCGGCUGGUGGAGGAGAAGACCCCUGCUUGUGCACUGGAGCUGGGCACCUACUGCGGGUACUCCACACUGCUUAUUGCCUGUGCCCUGCCCCCUGGGGGUCGCCUUCUUACUGUGGAGCGGGAUCCACGCACAGCAGCAGUGGCAGAAAAACUCAUCCGCCUGGCUGGCUUCGACGAGCACACGGUGGAGCUCAUCGUGGGUAGAUCAGAGGAGGUGAUCCCAUGCUUAAGAACCCAGUACCAGCUGAGCCGAGCUGACCUGGUGCUCCUGGCACACCGGCCCCGAUGUUACCUGCGGGACCUGCAGCUGCUGGAGGCCCAUGCCCUGCUGCCAGUUGGUGCCACUGUGUUAGCUGACCACGUGCUGUUCCCUGGUGCACCGCGCUUCCUGCAGUACGCCAAGAGCUGUGGCCGCUACCGCUGCCGCCUCCACCACACUGGCCUCCCUGACUUCCCUGCCAUCAAAGACGGCAUAGCCCAGCUCACCUAUGCAGGGCCUGGCUGAGGUCCAGGCUCAGGGGUACUUACUGCUGC